AUGACGAAAUGGACGUAUGAUGUGUUCCUUAGCUUUCGAGGCGAGGAUACUCACUUGAAUUUCGUCGGCGAUCUCUACAAUUCUCUGCAUGAUCUCUACAAUUCUCUGCAUCAAAGCGGAAUCCAUGCCUUCAUCAAUGAUGAAUCCCUAAAAGCUGAGGAAGAGAUCAAAGCGUCUCUUUUAAAAGCCAUACGAGAAUCCAAAAUAUCGAUAAUAGUUUUUUCUGAGAACUACGCUUCAUUAACGUUCUGUUUGGAUGAACUUACUAAGAUUGUAGAGUGCUUCAAAAGAGAAGGUCGGUUGGUGUAUCCGGCAUUCUAUUACGCGGAUCCUUCAGAGGUGAGACAUCAGAGAGGUAGCUAUGGAGAAUCAUUGCUUUACCUGCAGAAAAGAUCGGAGACGGAGGAGUAUAAGCUGCAAAAGUGGAGGUUGGCUUUGUCUCCAACAGCUAACUUGUCUGGGUGGCAUCUCAAACCUGGAUAUUUACGUCCUUGCCUUUUCUGA